AUGUCGUCGAAUUUAGUUAGUCUGGAUUUUAUGCCACUUGAGGACUCCGGUGAAAACUAUCUCUCAUGGGCGCUCGAUGCAGAGCUGCAUCUGGAAGCGAAUAAACUUGAUCAUACGAUCAUUGGAGGAGAUUGUACAUCAGACGAACGCGCUAGAGCUGUAGCUUACUUGCGCCGUCACCUCUCCCCAACCCUGAAACAUGAGGUAGCACACUGUAGAGAACCUCAAAAGUUAUGGAGUACCAUAAAAGGGAAAUAUCACCAUUUUAAAGUGGUCACCCUGCCAAAAAUUCGUGACCAAUGGAUUCAUCUGAAGUUUCAGGAUUUUAAAUCUGUAUCGGCUUACAAUUCUGAAUUGCAUAAAAUCGCUGCUCAAUUUGAGAUGUGCGGUGAGCCGUUGUCAGAAGAAUCCAAGCUAGAGAAGACGUUAAGCACAUUUCAUGCUUCGCAUAUUGUACUUCAGCAGUUAUAUCGGGAACGCCGUUUUACACGGGCAUCGUAUUCUGGACAUGGACAUGAUCGUCGUAAGCAGGGUUUUCGUGGAAAGAAGCGUAAACGCGGAGGCUAUAGGCAUAGAAAUGCCAACAGCCAUCCGUAUAACAAAAAUGUGGGAGCGAAGCAAGAUAAAGGGAAGGGAUCGACUUCCAAUUCUCAAAAGAAAUCUGAGAAUCCCCCGAAGAAAAAUGACGAGGGUUGCUAUCGUUGUGGUUCUAAAGACCAUUGGUAUAAAUGCUGCCGCGCUGAUCUCUGUGAGCCUCACAAGAAAAGGGAAGCAAACGUUGAGAUGAAUUUGGCAGAACGCAAUAUUUCCACUGAAUCUCCAAAGUUAGGGGUUUCUGACUACCUACUCGAUUUUGAGGGCAAUGGAUACCAGACUGCUUUUGACCAGUUUGUUGAUGGGUUGUUUAGUGUAAAUUAA